GAAGCCUUGAAGCCUUAUGCUGUAUCUUUCCAACAGUGCCACCACAUCCCACCCUAAGAGACUCCACCGUACGGUAUCUCUUGUCUUACUACUAGUAGUAGACAUACCAUUGUAUUGAGAUCAGCAUAGAGGUACGCUACCUAGCUAGCUCCCAUCCUCGCGUUAGUUGGUGGCUACCGUAUCAUGCACCAUUACUCUCGACGAUAAAAUAAGAUGGCGACACUAUUGAAUGAACUUUCCGAAACCCCUUCAGCCAGUACUGGCAUGUCUCCCAUUAGCUCUGUCGAAGAAGACGAUGUGUCGAGCUGCAGCAGUCAUCUCCUCGAUGGUGAAGGACCCAGUCUUUCGGCGGCCACUGCCUUGGCGGGUAUCUAUUGCCAUUUGUUGUCUCUGCAGACACCAAAUCCAGAACAACAACAACAAGAGCAAAAAGAAGAAGAAACCAAAGAACAACAAGACGACGAUCUUCGGCACGUGUUUCAAGAAGCCGAUAUCGACCAAGUGGCUCAACAGCUCAAGCAAGUCAUGCGAGAAUUUCGUGGCAUGUCCGUGGGAGACUUGAAACUGAAGGUAUGCAAGGUUACUACCAACACCAACAACAAAGAACAACAACAACAAGCAUCGGUAUUGCAACAACUAGGAGGAGGAGAUUGUAGUCUGCAUCAGAAACGCUUUCCGAACCUCCUGUUGGGUGAUACUAGCAAACACAGUCAAACCAAUAGUUACAAGAAGACUCUUUCCAUGGACUCCUCCUCCUCCUCCCAAGUUCCUACCGGUAUUCCCAAACUAUUCGGUGUUCCCAGUCCAACACCCUGGAGGACCGCGACCUUGAAGUUACCGUCCAAAGAACAGGCCGAUCUCCACCAGGCACAUCAUCAGCCGACACCACCACAAGUCCUCCUCCUCCUCCAACAAGAGAAACAGCAACUCCAACAAGAAAAAGAGCAACUUCAACAAGAAAAGCAGCAACUCGAGGAACAACUACAACAAGCCAAUCAACAGUUGGUCGCGGCGGAUCAGGCGCUCAAAGACCUGGAAAUCAAACAUCAGCAACACAAAGAAGGAAAGCGCAAGUUGGCCGAAUCAUUCAUUCGCGAAUCCAAAACCUUUCGACAGACACUGACCACUCUGGAAGACGAAAAGAAGGCGCAAUUGUCGCAAAUUGACGAGUUGCAAACAACGAAUGAGAAACUCACGGUAUCGCUACGACUCUGCGAAGAACAAGUGGCAACCUUCCAGUCGGCCCUCCAACAAGAACGGGUUAGAUCGAGUCGUUUUGAAAAGGCGGCACACGUGCAAAGACAACAAAUGAUGGCCUUGCAACGGACCAUGAUGGGGGAUGAUACUGAAGGAGAAGAAAAGACAUCCCAACACGACCAAGAAGAAACACAGGAUUUUGUAGAGGCGUGCCUCAGCGCCGCCCGAGAAGGGUGUGUUCGACCCGCACUGCCAACCGAUCGCAGCCAGAAGGAGAACGGCAAGACGCAUGUUCCCACUCAUCAUCCGAUCGACACGGUCGUCAUGCAGGAAGAAGAGGAGGAAAAGAAAGUCAUGGAAACAGAAGAACGAGGGAUGCUUCGAAUCCAGCCGUCGGUGGAUACAGCGGCAUCGACACAGCUCGUGACCCAUGUCAGUCCGCCCAAGAAACACCCGGUCAACGCUUGCAUGGAUGCGGCACUCGACGCCACGUUGGGUGCCGCGUUGGAUGUGGCAUCCUGUCAAGCCACUCCUCUCAACAAGGAUACAACAGACUUGUCUUCUCCUGAAGGACAAUUAUUGGUAUUCGAGUCGCGACGGGAUCUCAACACACUCAUCGAUAAACUUCAUGCGGCCAAACAGGAAUCCUUCCAAUCGCAGAGCAAAUUAGUGGAACAAAUCAAACGGGCCAAUGAGUGUGAAGUCCGACUCGAAGUGUGUAGGGAACAGCUGGAAGAUCUGCGACGGGACAAAUCCAAACUGCAGCGCAAGUUGCACGACCAACUCCAUAGGGAAUCGGCCACACAGGAGCAAGUGACCGAGCUGGAGGAAACCGUUUCGACGCAAAAGUUGAUGAUUGAAUCGCUCUCCAUGGUCAAUCGAAAGCUGCGCCAUGACAACAAGCCAGCCAAAAAGGCAAACGACCACAGUGCUGUGGAGGAGAAUAAGGAGGACAUGGAAAAGGACGAUACUAGUGACUCGGAUACAGAUGAUGAUGUUGAUGACGAAGACGAUGUGGGUGUGGAAUGCGGCAGCGAUUCCUCGAGCGACGUCGAGGCCGCAAACGUUUCGUCUCAGAUUGAAAUGCUCGAAGGACUAUGGGAUCAGCACAAUGCUCAAAUGGAAAAGAUUCAAAAAGAUCAGGUGGCGCUGUUUCAAAGACUGGGAAAGAACAAUUCUGAUGCUACAACCAAGAUUGACGAACUGUGCGAUUCCAUGAGGGAAUUCUCGAGGUCUUGGGAAGACGACGAGGAGCAUGAUCCCACCGUCCUCGGCAGCACGACUAGUAACAAAGAAACUGGAGUGCACUGCACCGAACAAAGCAACGAUGGAAAGACGACAGUCGUGAUGGAUUCGUCAGAAAAGCUGGAAGUCGUUUUUGAGGGCGGGGAUGUGAUCGAGCAAUGCGAGUCCGAGUGGAAACAACAAGCUUCUCAAAUCGAGGCCCUGCAACGCGAUCAGGAGGAGGUUAUCUCAAGGAUCCGAAGAUCAACAGCAGACGCCGAAGCUAAGAUGAACAACUUGAGUGAUUCUAUGGACGGGGACGUGAGUCAUGCAGACCACUGCAAAGCGGUUCGCGAAAAGGAAAGCGAGGUGCUUCAGGCAUUGCAAGAAGACAACAUCCGAUUAGUGAGGAAGCUACACGACGCCGAAGCAAGAGCAGCUUCGCACAUUGAAAAGUUGCAGGAGAUGUUGGAGGCGCAGAAGGCGAAGAAGGACGAGCUUCAAGGCACUUGCAGGAUACGGGAGCUGUGCAUGGAAGAAUUGAAGGAGGAAAAAGCGACGUUGCUUCAAAAAUCUGAGACCGUGAGAGAUUUGCUGAAGGAAACCGAGAGAAUGUGCGAGAAACAGAAAGAUGCUCUUGCAGAACUGCAGCAGGAGAAGCAGGCAACAGAAAAGGAUCUCGAAGCACAGCGAUCGAUCAUUUCCAUGAUGGAGGAAGUUGCGCACCAUCAACGCGAAACCAUUGAUUGCUUGCGGUGCGAGCGCAAAACAAUGGAGCUGUUUUUGGAAGAACAAAAGAUGAGGAAUAAAGAAUUGGACGCCGUCGUCGCCCUUCAGAGAGCCGCUAUCAGCGGUUUGCAAUCCGAAAAGAGUACGUUGGCCAUGAAGCUUCUCGACACUGAAGAGGAGUUUCGAAAGCAUCUGACCCGCAACCUGAAUGUCCAUGAACAGAUAGCAGAGCUGUGGAGGCAUCUUGCGCUUGCAGCGAGGGGUGGGGUCGGGGCUACAUCCCCCUCGACCAGUGAAGUUGCCCUUUCUGCGCAGGAUGCGAAAGACGAUGAGGUGCCAGAGGCCACAAAGGAGGAAGAAUUGCAAGCUGAUGAUGGAAACAAAAACAAAAAAUGGCCAAGUGCUUUUGGCAACGACAAUGGUGCAGAAGUUGUGGUGGAUACAUCGUUCCAAGAAGCGCCAAACGAAUCAAACGUGGGAUGUUCUGGUGCGGAGAGCACAGUGCAAAAACAGGACGAUGGUGUGGUAGCAACCAAGAAAGUUUCUCUUGCUGAGCAUGAGUUUGUUAACCCACGACUCGGGGCCAAAGACAUUAUCGAAGCUGACACUUCCCUCGAGACCACAUUCGAUGAUGACGAUGAACGAGGAGAUCCAUGCGCAGACAGUACACUGACAGAACAUGACUAUGUCUGCGUGUCUGCUGAAUUUGCCUCUCAAAGCCAAAACAAACCAUGUCGCAGCACCUCUGCGCAAGAUUCCUGUGGGAAGAAUGUAGAAAUGGUACAUGAUCGUGGAAGCACCGACAACAGAGACGAAGGAGCGAGAAGACAAGACGAUGUCGUGGUCGCAGCUGGGCCUAUGGACGGGUGGGGUGGCUACCCUGAAGUUGUCAAGACGGCGCCAACAGAGGAGACCGAGGAGGGUUUAGACGAAGCAUCAUCUGGAGAUAGCGCAAUUGGUGACAUUGUGUCUUUGGGGGCUGCUGAAGAUUCUUUUCCCGAAGAAAGCGACGAGAAGCGGAUAGCCCAAGAUGUCCUUCGGCUUUUGAGCUUUGAGUACUAGCUAGUUGUCGCGUGCGCUGAAGUAUAUAGUACAUCAAGUUGCAUAG